AUGUAUCCUCAUUUACAAGGAUCAACAAACAAUAAACCGACUCGGGAUUCUAUGUCCGCUUACGAAGACUUUACUCACCGCUAUGCGAUUAAUAAAAAUUAUGCUACGAAACUUCAUCAACUACGUGGUUAUGAAAUUGUUUUCAUAUGUGACGAUUCAGGCUCCAUGAAAAAUCCAAUAGGUAAAAUAGUAUAUUUCUUGAAUACACUAAAUUGA